AUGUCAUCUAACCAACCAGAGCCAAGCUCUUCAAAAAUGAAAAAUGAGGAAGAGGAAGAAUUGAAAGUGAAAGAGGAUGAGCAAGAAAAGGCAAGAGAGGAGAAACUACUUUUGAAUAAAACGAUCUGUCUCCGGAGAGCUACGAAUACACCGACGUGCGCUCCAAUGUCAUUCGACUACAUUCUUGACGAGCCAGGAUCCGAUUUGAGAUCGUACACUUCGGUGUCACGACAAGGAAUAAGGGAUUUAAUUUUAAAUGCAAAGGAGGUGAACCAGCUCUACUUUGGUUCUACACCAAACUUGACACUUCAAAAUCCAAACGAGUUUCCGUACGGAAGUUUUACAACGGAACGAGCCGAAGCUCCAAAUGCACUCUCACCUAAAUUGGCUAAAAGAAAGGAGAUUUCCAUGUACAGAGAAAUGAUUAGCAGCUGCCAAAUGACUGAUACGAUGAAAAAGGAGCUGGAAAAGAAUGAAUCGUUUACCAGAUGGCAGAGAAUCAAAAAUGCAUAUCGAAGGCUAUUGGCGAUUGACAGAGAUAUUCAUUUGAGAUUUGGUUGGUGGGUCAUAGAAGAGCCCCAAACGCUUUCUCAUUCCGGACACACUUCUGUUCUUUGUACAAGAUCAAACACUUUGGCUGAUGAGGUGUCGAUCGCAGUGGAUUCGAUUGGGUCUCGAAGUGCUCCGAUUGUGAAGCAACGUGGGUCAGGGGACAUUCAACUCGAGGAGAGUUUGUACCAAGAUGUUGAUCCAGAAGGGGAUAUCAUUGAGCCUGACAGACCAGAUACUCCACAAGUUGAUGCUCCGGAAUCCGCUAGAAAAGGGGAGGAGAAUCCAGAAGAUCGUGGAGUUCAGGAGCCGCUAAUUCAGCAAGAAGCUGUAGCUCCAGCUCAAGGAGCUCAAAGGAGAAGUUCGAGUAUUCGUAAUAGACUUGCGACGGUUUUCCCUUGUCUUAUGCCACGAACCAGAGACUAA